UUUCUCAUUGUUGCUCUAACACAUCCAAAAACCAUAAGCCAGCUAGCUUCAUGGCCAGGCUUAACCAUCUCGUGACAUUACUAUUCCUCACCUUGAAAUUUGCAUUCCUCAAUGCAAAAUCAGUAACGCCACCCCCAUUGCCUGUUCUUCCACUCCCUUCCUAUUCCCAACUCAAAUGGCAACAAAGAGAACUGAUCAUGUUCCUUCAUUUCGGUGUAAAUACAUUUUCUGACUCCGAAUGGGGAACGGGGAGAGAAAAUCCUUCGAUUUUUUAUCCGACCGCUCUCGAUGCCAACCAAUGGGUUGAUGCCGCGGUCCAUGGGGGUGUUUCGCUCAUGAUCCUCACCGCGAAACACCACGAUGGAUUUUGUUUGUGGCCUUCCAAAUAUACUGACCAUUCUGUCAUACAAAGUCCGUGGAAAAAUGGUCGUGGUGAUGUUGUUAACGAGCUUGUCAAUGCGGCAAAGCAACGGGGGGUGGACGUGGGGUUAUAUUUGUCGCCGUGGGAUCGUCAUGAUCGACGAUAUGGGCGUAAUCUGCAGUACAAUGAGUACUAUCUGGCUCAGUUGCAGGAACUACUUAACAAAUACGGGGAUGUGAAGGAGAUAUGGUUCGAUGGAGCAAAAGGUAAAAAUGCACCAAACAUGUCAUAUUAUUUUAGUGAUUGGUUUUCGAUGGUGAAGGAAUUGCAGAGUACAAUCAACAUAUUCUCUGACGCUGGGCCGGACGUCAGAUGGGUCGGAAAUGAAAAAGGCUUUGCCGGGAGUACAUGCUGGUCCACUAUUAAUCGCACUUCUUUAUCAAUUGGAAAUGAGAGCCUAGUUGGCUAUCUCAACACUGGUGAUCCCAGAGGAACUGACUGGCUGCCAGCCGAAUGUGAUGUAUCGAUCAGGCCAGGAUGGUUUUGGCACAAAUCUGAAAAACCCAAGAAGCUAACCCAGCUACUUGAGAUCUACUACAAUUCUGUUGGGAGAAAUUGCUUGUUAUUACUUAAUGUGCCUCCCAACAAAACAGGAUUAAUAUCAGAUGCUGACGUUCAACGCCUCAAAGAAUUUAAAUCUGCUAUUGACAGAAUUUUUUCCACCAAUCUAGCUAAAAAUUCUUUGGUUAAAGUAAGUAGCCAAAGGGGUGGUCCUGAUAGCGAUUUCGGGCCUGAACAGGUGCUAGACAGUGACCAUUUAUGGACUUACUGGGCACCAAGUGAGGAUCACAGUCAUCACUGGAUUGAGCUUACAGCAAAGGGAAAACUACUGAAAUUUAACGUGAUCAGGAUCCAAGAGGCGAUCGGGCUUGGCCAAAGAAUCAGAACGCACAAAAUCUAUGUCGACGGAAAAUUAGUUGCCAAAGGUACUACAGUAGGGUACAAGAAGCUGCACAGGCUGGAGAAGGGAGUAAUUGAGGGGUAUAGAGUGAAAAUCAGGAUUAUGAAGUCCAGGGGAAUUCCUCUGAUAUCUUCAGUAGGCCUGCAUUUUGAUCCCUUUUGGAAUCCAAACUAGAGUAAGAAUCAGCGUAAUCAUGAGGUCAUAAUAAAAAAAAAUUGGACAAUAGAAUAAUUGGUCCCAUUUCUAGCCAGUGCACAUGAUUCAGGACCAUUAUCAUGUCAGCUUUUCAAGUUAUAUGUCUCAGAGUUUGUGCUUUAUAUAUGUCCUAUAUCAUCAAUUUUAGCAACUGCUCUGUCAAGAUAUAAGUUGCCUGAUUUUCGUCC